CAAAUGAAGUCUUAUAAAUCAGCAAUAUGUAUAAUCCCUCCAAAAUCUCAAUGGACAAAUAUUCAAUCAAUUCGUCAAAAACAUGAUAAACAUUAUAAUAGAUGGAUGCCUCAUAUUAAUCUAAUUUAUCCUUUUAUCUUACCUCAACAGCAUGCUUCAGAUAACUUCAGUUCUUUUGAUAUUUCAACCGCUAACGAUGCUUUUAAUAUUAGUGAGGGUUCGAGUUCAGAGAUUACGGACGAUGUGAUAUUACAACAUUUGAAAAAAGCUUUACAUCCUAUCCAUCCGUUCAAAUUAAGAUUGCAAAAUUUAAGCUAUUUCACACAUGGAAAACAAAGCUCAACUGUUUGGCUUCAUCCUGAAACCGUUCCUGAGAAUGCUUUGGUUGAGUUAGAAUAUAGAUUAAUUGGAAGAUCUGAUUUAGGCGACUGUGAAGAUAAUAUGAAUAUUGAUGAGAGAAAUGAUGUUAAACAUGAAAAUUUUGGAUUUCCAGGAUUUGACGAUUUGAUAAAAAUUGGAAACAAGGGAUUUAGACCGCAUUUAUCGUUAGGGCAAUUUCGUGGCGAGAAAUCAGCGCAAGAGGCUAUAGAAAAAUUUUCAUCAAUAUUUUCCCAAGACCCAAUAAUUGAAUUUGAUGUAACUGAGAUCUGUUGGAUUGUUCGUAAAGGAUUUCAUGAUCCUUUUGAGAUUAAAGCUAGAGUUAGACUUGGAGAUGAUAGCGAAGUU